AUGCAGAGAAGAGGAAUGCAUCGUUUUUCUGUCCUCUUAAUCUUCGAUCUUUUUGCGCUUUUGAUGCUUGGAACGACGAGAGGAAAUGAUUUUGAUGGGACAAUCGCAAGAACGAGAACGAGGACGAGAACGAGGAAAGGAGGAGGAUAUGUCGAUGAUUACGAUUUUGAUGCUACUGUUGAUGAUGAUGCACGCUUUGGUGGUGGCGUUCAAGGCUGGGCGGCAGAGUCAUCGGAAAGGAAUUUGUAUUCGCUUUCAUCAUCAACAACAAGACAAAAAUCGAGAAGAAAAAGCACCUCCUCCUCCUCCUUCUCGGUACUACAAAACGCUCGAAAAUCGGACGUGAGAUUGCAUCCGUAUCCUCACGUCGUCAUCGAAAACUGCUUACCUGAUGACGUUUACGAAGAGCUCGAAAAAUUUUACCCGAAGCACGAAGAUAUAGUGCAGAUUGCCAAACCUGGGAGGACUUCGAUUGCCGCGAACACGAGAGUCGAUUUGCGAGCGUCGAUGGUGUUAAGUAGUAAGAAACAAAUAGUAUCAAAAGCGUGGGAGGAGUUCAUCAGGUAUCACUCCAGUCGAGAAUUUUACGAAGAAGUCAUCGAUUUAUUCGGGGAGGAGGUCUUUACAAAGUAUCACGGCAGAUUGGAGGAGAAAUACGGACUUAAGCUGCGAGAGAUGGAGACGGAAGUUCGGUUGAUGAGCAGAAAGAAAAAUCCAGCUACUGUUACUUUGGACGCCCAGAUAGGAGUAAACACGCCGGUGAUAAAAGGCCAGAGUCGCGUUCGUGGAUUACACGUGGAUAAUGCGCACGAAUUAUACGCGGGAUUGCUGUAUUUUCGCGACAAAAAUGAUCCGGCGAAAGGGGGUAAUUUGGAGGUGUUCGAGUGUUUACUUGGCGCCGGCGCGUGCGAAGAGUAUAGCGAAGCGGAAAGAUGGAAACACAGAAAGAAAAUAGGCUGGGACGUACAAUUUAAGAACUCAGGGGAUUUCAAGUUAGUCGCGGAAGUUCCGUACGAGAAGAACCAAUUCGUGAUGUUCAUUAACUCGAAUUCGAGUUACCACGCGGUCAGUCCGAGAAGUGCGAGUGCGUAUCCCAGGCGGCUGAUAAACAUUGCUGCGAAUGAGUAUUACAAGAAGGAGAAUUAA